CGAUAUUCAUUUUUCUUUUCCAAGCGACUCCUCAACUUGAUUAUUGUUUUAUGUGUAGUCUGUCCAGCAUUAGUAAGUUAUUGGCGAGGAACUUGGUUGAUUUUAGACUCGAUUUUCCUUCCCGAUCGCCCGCUACUCGGCGGAUGGAUUACUUUCUCAGUAAGCUUUGGAACGAUAUACGUGGUGGUAUUGAUAGGAGAUCAUUUAAAGGCGAAUUUAAAUGAAAGAAAAUGGAGGAAGUUGUCAUAUUUGGCUUUAUUCUAUUCAGCAGGAUUUUUAAUUGUGAACACUUGGAGAGGACUGUGGAUCCUAUGGGAUCAUUACACAACAACUUCUUUGAUUAGCGGUCUUCUCUCACAUGCCCUCGGAUUCUUUGUUGUUCUAUCAACUCAAACAACAUCUUCAAUCACCGCUGCCCCGUCCUAUUGUAUCACAGAGGCGAAAGAUGAUGAGUUACAGACUGUUUUCCAGGGAAAGUCCUGGUUGAAUAGCUGCACAGCUAGUGUCUUUUCGAAAAUGUUAAAUAGUUUUCUUACCGUUUUUGUGACUGGAGCAGCGGUGAUCAGCUAUUGGCGAGGAACUUGGGUUACAAUGGACGCACUUUGUGAAUCAUUUGGAUUUGAGAAGCUUAAGUCCUGGAUAGUUUCUAUUUGUAUUGGGUGCACUUUAUUUGUUAGCUGUUACUUUGUAAGUGAGCUUGUAUUGAACAUCAAGAACCUUAAUGCACCAUAUUCUUGGAGGAGCAGAACUUUUGAACAGGUAUUUGUGUACAUACUCGGCUUUGGGACAGUCAAUUUGUUGGAGAGGGGUAUGGUACGUGGAGGAUAUUUAUAUACUUCCAGGUGAGAUCUGAAUUCCUUGACAUAGUUGGUCAAUCAAACUAGACUAGACAAAGAGAUCAAUCAGUCAAACAUCUACUGCAAACACAGUGGCCAUGAUACCCUGCUAGUAGAGUCACUCCUGACUUCUCUGGGAAAGAUCAAAGUGAUUCUGUGAGCAGGCUAGUGCCACAAUUCUUCAAGUUGUAUUUGUCCCACUCUUGGAACCUUAUGAUUAACACUUUCCAUUCUGCCUAAAAUUCCAGAAAUUGCAGUUAGAAUUCAAAUGAAAUGGGCAAUUCGGUUUGGUCCGACCAGAAUAUUUGGGACCACUGUUGAAGGUGGUCCACUUUGUCUGGCCUGGUCAUUUGGGUCAGCUGGGCCAAAAUGUUCCUUUGACAAAAUUGUUGUCCCAAGUGCCCCUCUUAGCUUCUGUAUUUUGUGUACAAGUACAAUAAUCUAACGUGUAGUGGUUUGGGUUGGGUCUGUGCAACCCAAAUAUACCAUUCCAUUGGGCACAUGGAAUUUCCAAAAUUUCAAACUGGAAUUUUUGUUGAAUGGAAAGCACCCUUAGUGAGUGGUCCAGAGGAAACAGGACCAGUUAGGUUAGAUGUCAUGUGACCUUGAAGUAUCCAAUGAGAGCAUGUGCCAUUGGCAAAAAAUUUCCGGCUGUAAUCUGACUUGUGCAAUACCUCAUUAUAGGAAAUUAACGAUGCACUUAAUUUAUUAACGUGAUUUUAUAAAAAACGUGUUAAUUUAAUGCAUCUUAAUUUAUGUCGUUGUUAAUGUACAUCACACUAUUUUACAUCAUUGUUCUUUUGCAGCACCUUUAUUUCAAUAACAAAACCUCGUCUGCUCAUAGUUCCUCUAUCAAUGACUCGGAGUCACUAUUUGAAAGUUCUUUUAAGAAUUGAGUUCAAAAUGUCUUUUGACUGGUCUCUGUAUUGACCCGUUUCUCUGAGGGGAUACCUAACUUCUUCAGUCUUUCUUCUUAAAAUUUCCAUUUACAUCAAGGCUGUGCUCUAAGGAAAAUUGAAGGAAGCCCAGUGCUCUGAAACUGUAAAAUCUAGGGUGCCCAGCAUAUGAUUUGAAUGAAAAAUCUGAGAUUUUCUAGUCGCCCGAGGGCAAAAGUUAGGCGCCAGUGGCCACUGGGCUGUGCUAGAGCACAGCCCUGUACGUUUAUUUAUGUUUUUUCCUUUACAUAUGUAUGUUGAGAAGUUUGUAUUGCAGCAAAUUCACAAUUUCAUGUAAAUUCAAUGUGUGUUUACAAACGUAACUUUUGGAAAAUUUGUAUUAAUUUUGUGUAAUGUAAAUUUUCUUCGCAUUGUCAAUGUGCAUCGUUAAUUUGCUAUAAUAAUUUAUACCACAAUUAUUUUGGUAAUACUCAUGGGUAAAAGAAAGGCUUGAAGCUGACUCUGUGUUAAGAGAGCCCCACUUACCGGUACAUUUUUAAAAAGAAAAUUGCCAUAACCUUAACGAAACCGGAAGUAUGAAGCAGGUUGCAUCGAACUAUGAACUGUCCCAGUCUUGGACAACUGUGUGUAGGUCUACUGAAUAGUAUUUAGUUGCGGGGAGUGGUUAUCAAAGCAGGAAAAAUCAAAGAUGAAAACAACAGUGCUGCAGUUUAUGUUAGGAGCUCCCUAAGCAUGCACAUUAUUUUGUUCACAAAUAAUGAGUUAAAAAAUGAAUGAGACAUUUCUUUUGGUCAUUUGGUUCAAAUGAUAGGAAUGCUAUUGAAUACCGUAAAAUUCCGAAAAUAAGCCCCGGGGGUUAUAUUUUUCAAAGGCCCUUUUUGAGGGGCUUAUUUUUGGAAGGGCUUAUCUAUGGAGGAAAAUUAGCAUCUCAAAAUUGAUUGGGCUAGCCCUAUAGUUAGAGGUAACUUUACCGUUUUUGCUUUGCUUUACUUUGUAUUUGAGGGCAAUUUUCCAGUUAUAAGCCCCCGGGGGGCUUAUAUUUGGAGGGGCGAUUUAACGGAAGGUUUUUUACUUUACCAGUUUGGGGGGCUUAUAUUUGGAGGGGCUUAUACAUGGAGGGGCUUAUUUUCGGAAUUUUACGGUAUUUUAGAUGUUUAAGUAAAAAAAAAAAAACUUAAAAAAGACAAGAGACAAAGAAGUUUGACAGGCUUCGUAACCAUUUCCCUUUAUUAACAAUGACUGGAGUAAGUUUAAAAGAAACAAAAAAGAGAGCUGCCAUGUUCUGUACAGUUGGUUUUAUACCCGGGCUUUGUGUAUCAAUAAAAAUAAUAUUGUGUUUGCCGUAUUUUCUGUCAAUCAUAAAGUAAGUUAAUUUUUAAAGGUAUGCAUGUUUGCUGGUCUUCUUAGUCAAUUUAGACAAGUCAAUUCAGUCAAGACAUACUAUGAGGGUUUACAGUCAAGUCACCCCAAAUGCUGAUCUGCAUUGCCCAAAAUUUUAUCAUGCCCAACACCAUUCUAACAUCUUUGUCGCGUUUGUUUUGCAAAUGAUACAUAUUACGUACUUUCUUUAUUAAAAUUUUGGGCAACUUAACUAAAAAUUUCUGGCAACAUAACUCUGUUUUCGGGGGACACAACUUCGGGCGAGAUGACUUUUGGGCAACUUGACUGGUUACCCAAUAUGACAUAUUAAGAUAACAGUGCAAGUAGAUUAAAUUGAAAGGUGAAUGACCAUGUGUAUGUGGUAUUUAAUUUCAGACCAGUCGCUAGCCAGUGCAUUGGUCAGUCAUUUUGGUGGAAUUGUAGUGCUAUAUCUUCUUCAAACAAGCCUUAUUUUGGUAUGCUCUCCUGCUGGGUGUAG